AUGGGUGUGUUUAAUUUAGUGUUUCAUCAUGGGGGAAGUUUCGUGCAAGACGGCCAUACGUAUUAUAGAGGAGGUAGUGAGACUACUGUUGAAGGUCAGGACGAAGAUAAAUGGUGCUUUUUUGAAGCUAUUAGUCUGGUUAAAGAUUGGGGUUAUGAAGGUUUUAGGCUAUGGAGAAAGAUUCUGCAAACGGAUGAAGGGUUUACAAAUGUUGUUGAUGAUGCAGGAGCUGUAGAAGUUGCUAAUCAUUGUAUGUCUUGUAGGGUUCACGACGAUCUUUGGGUAGAGCACGGUUUAGAAGACAUGAUGACCAAGGUUCUGGUACCUAAUGUUGAUGACUUCAGCACCUCUAGUGGAGAUGAUAGUACUGGUGACUAUGUUGAUGCAAGCCAAUGUUUCAAUGACAGUGAAGAGGAAAGAGUAAUUGACGUAGAAGAAGAGCAAUUUGAACAAGUGGAGGUAGCUGUUCCAGUUAGUGGGAAUAGGGUGGAGAUCGAAGGGAAAUCAUUGAGAUUCAAGCGUUGUGCAUCCAAGGAUCCCAAAAAGAUGAAAGAAAAGAGCAAAAGGGACAAGGUCAGUGUUUUGGUGCCCAAAAGUGUCUUAGGAUCUUGUUCAAAGAGGGCUACAAGGAAAUGUGAAGAUGUGGAUUAUGCUAGUGAGGAACUUGAAAGUUCAGAUGCUGAUGAAAGUGACAUGGAUGACAAACCUUCCAAGCCAAAGAAGUGUCAAGCUAAGGAGAAAGAUCCUAAUGCACUAAAGAGAAAGAGAAAGACACCCAGGACCAAAGUGUCAAAAAAAUCUGAUGGGACUGUGGAUGAAGGCCCAGAGAUGGAUGCAAAUGUUGAUACAACUGCAACUGGAGGUGGAACUGUGGAUGAAGACCCAGAGAUGGAUGCAAAUGUUGAUACAACUGCAACUGGAGGUGGAACUGUGGAUGAAGACCCAGAGAUGGAUGCAAAUGUUGAUACAACUGCAAUUGGAGGUGGAAUUGUGGAUGAAGGCCCAGAGAUGGAUGCAAAUGUUGAUACAACUGAAACUGGAGGUGGAACUGUGGAUGAAGGCCCAGAGAUGGAUGCAUUGCUGAAUAAUAUGAUGGAUCUUUAUGAAGAACAACAAUCACAAGUUGACAAUCCCACACAACCUACUGCUAUGCAACCUCCCCCAACACAUGAAUCACAACCUGCUGCAAUGCAACCUCCCCUAACACAUGAUUCACAACCUGCUGCAAUGCAACCUGGCCCUGCUGCUACUAAUGUCAAAAAACCUUCAGCUAGGAAAAAGGCUGUGGCCGUGCCUUGGAAGAGAUCAAGAAAGAGAGUCAGUGAAAGAUUGAAGGAAGUGAGGAAUGCCAAAAGACAUGGUGGGCCUGGAUCAACACCUGAUGCACCUUUGACCAUAGGUGAAGAAACUGGUGGUAGUACCUCAAAGAAGAUAUCAAGGAAGAAGAGGAAGGGCAUUGAUCAGUAG